AUGGCCGAGGUUAUUGGCAUUAGCUCGGGCGUUGCUGCCUUGUUGUCCUUGGCCCUCGAAUCAAGUAGCAUCUUGUUCCGCACUCUUAAGAGCCUCAAUAACCGGGAAAAGACCAUUCGGGACCUUCGAGAAGCGCUCCAGGAUCUCGAGGAUGUGCUGAAAAUACUCCAAGAUUCGAUCAGCACCUCGCCCUUUUUGAAUAGCGGGGUCAUUGAACGACCUCUUGAUCGAUGCUGCAAAGCAUGCAACGAUUUUAAUGCGCUGAUCAUGAAGUGUUCUGAACACUCCACAGACAAUCGCUUCAGUAUCCGUGAUUGGGCCAAAUUGCGCUACAUGGGUGAAGACGUCGCUGGCUUUCAAAGCAUGCUUUCUGGCUAUAAAUCCACAAUUACCAUCGCCCUCGCGUAUUCUAAUGUUAACCUUACCGUCACGACAAAGAGUGUCAUACACGAGUACAAGGAACUCAUUGAAGAUACGAAAUGCGACCUUCAGCUUCAUUUGCAGUCGAUUGAAGACAGAUUGAAAUCAUUGUCCUCCACCAGACAAGCCGAAAUGGGAUUCGAUUUUAUCGACGUCAAGCAAAUGAACGAAGAAUUAGAAUGCACACAGCACGGCCUGGAUAUUUGCACGAAGUUUUCUUCAUACAUAGAGGAGACAAGGACCACCUCUUUGCAAAAAAUGACUCAGGCUCCAGGAAUAUCCAACAGAGGGCUAUUAUCUCCGGAAAACAACAUGCCUUGGUUGAUACUUGCUGAAGCCUUGAGUUCUGCUGAAAGGGAAAUCGUCAGUUCAAGACUGCGACUGCUUCAAUAUCGUCACGCGCGCGGAAGUCAGCCUUGGUUCUUACAACACCAAGGGUUGCUACCUGAGAGCGAACACAAAAACGAGCGAAGUGACAUCAAGGAAGAGGCAGAGAACAUUAAAGAGUCGUUGAAAUUCUUCGAUCAGGUAUCCCAAGAAACCGGUGAGGGUCGAACAAACUAUUUUGAGGAUGUGUCGACGGGUGAUAAAAGCAAGCAAAUCAUUGUGACGACUUUCAAAGAUUUGAUCUCUGCGCGACGGAUUACCUCGGGAUCUGGCUCAUUGCAAGUCCUAGGACAUUAUACCGAAGACUCCCUGAACAACGUGCUGCGAAACCAGGAUGACUUCAAUCCGGAGUGA